AUGACAAGAGCUUUCAAAGCCAAGUCAUCACUAUAGUUCCCUGCUCAAACUCUGUUGUCUUCCAACAUGUCGGGGAAUUUUCGUCAUCCCUCGAUCAAUGAAAUUCCUGCUAAAAUACUCAUUGGCAUCUCAUUAGACCAGGAUGAUAGCAAGGAACUUCUGUCGUGGGCUAUCAAGGUUCUGGCUCGUCCCAAUGACAACAUUGUUGCUGUGCAUGUUCUUGUCAAUGAGGGAUCAAACAAGAAUCAGAAAUCUGUAAGGAAAGAACAAGCUAAGUUUAGGCAAGCUAAAGCACAGGUUAUUUCUGUGCUGGGAGAAUUUGCAAGGACCUGCCAAUCUAAGAAGUUAAAUUUGGAAGCAAAAGUAGUAUGUAGCACUAGCAUUGGAAGGGGCCUGGUUGAAGAAUCCAAGUCCAUUGCAGCUGAUUUUCUUCUUUUGUGUGGCUCAAGAAACCGAGAGAAAAGAAAAUCGGAGGUUACAAGGUACUGUUUUGACCAAGCUCCGGAAAGCUGCACAGUUGUUUCAGUAGGAAAAUGCAGGCAGCCAAUGAAGGAUGUAAAAUCAAAUUCAUUAGAUUUUGAAGAAAGUCUUCGGUGGACUUCAACUUCCACAUGGUCCAGCAACAGCAAUGACAGUGUCAGGAGCAGGGAGGCAGCCUCCGUUGUUGAUAAGCAUAAUGUCCCUAAAGGAAAAAUGGAGGAAAAGGCUUCCCCAAGAACAGUUCUGGAUGCCCUUGAUGACACCUGUAGUGUCGAGAACUCCACCAUUUCAGGGUCCCCUCUUCAGGGUCCCAAGUUCAAAGGGCAAUCCAACAGGAAAAAUCACGUGUCUCCUUGCAAAAUUAUCUCGUCAUUAUUCAGGUCACCAUUAAGGAAAAGAAAGAACAGUAACGAAGAAAAGCUACAGCCAUUGCUGAAGUGCUUCAGCUAUGAGGAGAUCUCCAACGCUACAAAUAACUUCCAUCCAGAUAAAAUAGUAGGCCGAGGAGGGUAUUCGGAGGUGUACAAAGGUGAACUUCCGGAUGGAAAGACUAUUGCAGUGAAGAGGCUGGCCAAGGACAACAAGGAUGCCAACAAGGAGAAAGAUUUUCUGACAGAAUUAGGGAUAAUUGGACAUGUUUGUCACCCCAACACUGCAACCUUGGUCGGCUGCUGCAUUGAAAAUGGACUUUAUCUUAUCUUCAGCUUCUCCCAAAAUGGAAAUUUGGCAUCUGCAUUGCAUGGUAGAACAAGAGAGUCACUUGAUUGGCCAAUUAGAUAUAAGAUUGCUGUUGGAGUUGCAAGAGGACUUCAUUACCUGCAUAAAUGCUGCAAACACAGAAUAAUACACCGCGACAUAAAGGCAUCUAAUGUCCUUCUUGGACCUGAUUACGAACCUCAGAUUACUGAUUUUGGCCUUGCAAAGUGGCUUCCCAACAAAUGGACCCACCACGCUGUGAUUCCAAUUGAAGGAACAUUCGGUUACUUAGCACCAGAAUACUUUAUGCAUGGAAUUGUGGAUGAGAAGACAGAUGUUUUUGCAUUUGGGGUUCUUCUCCUGGAGAUCAUAACAGGUCGCCGCCCUGUGGACUCAUCAAAGCAAAAUCUCCUAUUAUGGGCAAAACCUCUUAUGGAAUCUGGGAACAUUACUGAACUGGCUGAUCCAAGACUUGAAGGCAAAUUCGAUGAGGAUCAAAUGCAUAGGUCAGUGCUAACUGCUUGCUAUUGUGUGAGGCAAUCAGCAGCAUGGCGCCCAUCCAUGAGUGAGGUGUUGGAGCUUCUAACAAGUGGCAAUGACUCAAAGGCUGUAAAGAGCUGGAGAAUGCCUAAGUUUACUUCUGAUGAUUUGGAUGAUUACUCAAUGAUCUUUGGAUAUGAAGUGCCAACAGAUAUUUGCUUAGAGGAAUUUUUGUGAGUGUUGCGUCCAAUCUAUUCGUGCCCUAUUCCGUCCCAAGUAGCUUUUGAGUCUUCACUCUCAAAACAGAAUUUUUAUGAGUGCUUGAAAGACAAAACUGACUCAAAAACAAGAUAAUUAGUUAGAGCUUUUUCUUCUAUGCAACUGCUAGGACUAGACGGUAUCUCUCUGAGGGCAGAUUCUAUGAUUUACAUUUUCACUUUGUUCCAAAUGUCUUUUUGUACUGAACUUUUGGUAUGUACAAAGAAAGGGAAUGGUAUUAU